AUGUAUUAUAAAAUUGUUAUAUCGAUAUUUUUAUUUAAUUUAAUAAUAAUUAAAUCAACAAUCUUGAAAUCGGAACCGGAUUUUCUGAAGCCUAAAUUGGAAAGGAACAAUAUAGUGAAUAAAGGCAUUUGGAUGAAAAAGAAUAAGGAGAACUUCUUCGAAAAAUCAUCUGCCGGUGAAUUCAUUUUUCGAGCGAAUUCGUUAAAUGUGGACGAUUUACUUGACAACAACUUUUACGCGUUUGGAGACAAUGAGGCGAAAGAUACACCGUUUGUUUCAAAUUAUGUGGAGAGAUCGAAGAGAGCAUCCGAUCACCUCAAGAAAAAACAUAUUGGAAAAGGUUUAAAGAAUUGCGAUGGCCACUCAGAUUGUCUCAUAGGAUCGUAUGCUAAUGACAAGUUGUUAAGCAAGUCUAAAUUAAUAGCAAAAUUGAGACCUGCGUCCGUUUUUAAUGAUUAUCCCUAUGAAGUGGCUGUACUGCUUGGUAACACGGAUUCUAUAAACCAUUUACGUACUGUAAAUGAAAGUAAACCUGAUAAUUUAACCUUGAAUGAAGCUAAAAAUAUAUCAGUAAAUAUUGAACCUAUCGUUCUAAAGGACGUAAUUUUAAGUAACAAUUCAAAUAUAACAUUACCAAAACGGAGUAUGAAAGGUGAUUACGAGUCUAGGAUAAUUAAAAAAAUUGAAUAUGAUGAAGAAAUAAACGGUACUGUAGAGCCCGUAACAUAUUAUAGAAAUGUAUUUAAUAAUGAUCCAAGAAUUUGGCAAAAAUAUACACAAAAAUUUGAGAACGGUAGAAUAAAUGAAAGAGGAAUGAUCAAAGUAUUAUCGAUGCUUACCAAAACGAUUAAAAAAAUAAAUAAGCAAUAUAACGACAUCAAAAUCAUUCGUAAUAAAAUACAAACAACUAAAGAGGAAAUAGAGAAAAAAAUAUUAGACUUAACUAAGAAGCUUGAAGACUUCAAUGUAAAAUAUGUACAUUUAGUUGAAUUUAAUGAAAAAAGUAAAGAAUUAGAAGCUAAACUAGAAAAUUUUAAAGAGAAACACAAAGAAAUAUCUCAGAACUUGAUUGAAUUUGAAAACGAACAAAAAAAAUUUCUAGCGCAACAAAGGCAAUUUUAUAAUAUUCAAAAACUAAUGUUAGCCCAAAAUGAGAAAAUUAAUAUAAAACAAAACCUUAUAUUGAGAACACAAAGUGAAAUUUCACAUAGGCAAAACAAUUUUGCUAGGAUAUUGAAAAAGGCUAAACAAAUAUACUUGGACAGCAAACAAGUCACUAAACUAAAUAAAGCGGAUGGUAGUGCUGAUAAAUCUAAAACAGUUACUCACACACCUACUACAAUGCCGACUGUGACAGAAUCUAUAAAAAUUGAUUUGUUUUCGAUACCUGUCUAUACUGAACUUGUCGACCAGGACGCUCUCAUUUUAAAAGACAAAGAUGAACAUCCCGUAGAUGAUUUAAUUUAUAAAUAUUACUUUAAUAACACAUUUAUAGAUAAUUUAAUGAGAAGCAAAGUGUUAUCGAAUUUUGUAACCAAUAAUAGAAAUGUAGAAUUAACACGCAAUGUAAAAAAUAAGAGGAAUAAAGAGAAGGAACUUAGCAAAUUGAAUAGUACGAUAAUGAUACCAGUAAAUCUUUCGACGCAGUACAACCAGAUGCAUAGAGAGAAAAGAUGGAUUCAUCAUCAUUCUGCAGACAAAUUGAAAAGACACAACCGUGGCAAAUCGGAAAUUAUUACCAAUAAUCAUAGUAAAGAUGAGAACCCAAAUAAUUUGAUUUUUCACUCAGCAACUCUUACGCCAACAAUAAAUAUAGAUGUAAAUAACGAUCCUUUUAGAUCGAUGGCUACAAAAUUUUGUAAUGAGAUUGGUCAAAAUACAAAUCAACAGGCACUUAGAUGGUGUAUAGAAAAAUCACUGCGCAGAUUAAAGAGUAUAGAUAUGAAAUUUCCUAUGCAACUUUCAUCUGAACAAAAGCCGAAAGAAUUUACUACAAAAAAACAAGCCCUUAAUAAUAAAGACACGGUGACAAAAAGUCCCUCAAAUAACGAAGAAUUAGAAUCUCACCUGAAACAAUAUGAAAUAAAACCCGACACCGAAGGUAAUUUCUACUACGAUGGAAGUUUACAUGCCAGCGAUAUUGUUGCUACUCAUAGCGAAGGUUUCUCCGAUUUCAUGCCUGGCCUGGACAGCAACUCCCAUAUAGAGAUGGACCCUCUCGCCUUCGAUCUUCAAUCUAGGAGACGAGCUUCAGUACGAAGAAUCAACGAAAACAUAUUGAAGAAAAUGGCGGGUAAAAUAAAGUUCGGUUAAAUAUUUGUAAAUUUAUAUAAGCUUCCGUUAUGUUAUUUUAAAUGGAUAUAUUGUAAAUUAAAACAUAGUAUAUAGUAGAAAGGAACAUGUAGCUUAAGAAUUGGACACUUCUACGUAAAGGGUGAGAGUGAUAUACAAACGGCCCGCCUGAUGGCAAGCGAUCAUAGGACGAAUAAAUAACAAGAUUGUUACUUUAUAUAUUGGUAUCGGAUGUUCCCCUUGAAACACUCUAUCUACUGCUAAAAACUGCAUUAAAAUCCGUUGCGUAGUUUAAAAGAUUUAAGCAAAAAGACUACGGAAGCCACUUCAUUUUAUACUAUGCAAAGAAACUCAGACUAGUUCUAGAAAAUAUUGUCUCCAUUUAAAAUAUUAUGUUAAAAAUACGGCAACUAAU